GUGUCCUGUGCAGGGCAUGUGUGCUGGUGUGGAUGAGGGUUACCAGUUGGAUGUGUUCACACCCUGGGGACACUUCAGCCCAGAACCACCAGGAUGGUCCGCGUCCUCCAACUAUGAACAAGCUGCAACAGGAUCCGAGAAAAACAGACCUUUGACAGGGUGAGAUAAGGAGCAGAAGCUCUGGACCCACCUGCAUGAUGAAGACCCAAAAGGCGCGAGGUGUUAGGACAUCUUCUCCCUCCCGCCGAAGAAAGUCAUCCUGCUUCGCCUUACGAGGCAGAAAGAAGAAGGAUGGGGUGAUCCAAGGCAAGCUUCGCAUCCGCUCCAUGCCCGGAGCCUUCCUGGUGCUAGGGGUCAUCGUGGUUGUCGUCGGUACGGCGCUGGCUGUGGCGGGAUACUGGCCCUACCGGAUGUCGAAGUCUUCCCUGUUGAGUGCUGCAGAUGGGGAGGGCCUCUCCGAGUCAAAGAGCUCAGGCUGGAGUUUCGGAGCUAAGGGCCUGCUGUCCACGGCCAGUCUCAUCCACAGUGAGCGGAUGAAACUGCUGGGUCCGGUCAUCAUGGGAGUGGGACUCUUCAUCCUCAUCUGUGCCAACACGGUCCUGUAUGAGAACAGGGACAGAGAGACGCAGAUGCUGCUGGCUCAGAUGCGUAGUGUGAUCUGUUCUGUGUCUGCAGCUGUGCCCUCAGCGGACCUUACAGAGAUAGCAGCAGCUAACUCCAUGGCUAAACACUACCAAUGGGUGAGCAGUUUACCAGCUGCACACCUCAACAUCCUCUGUCUGCAGCAGCUGGCUAGCUCUGAGCCUCUGCUUCAGACCAGACACCCCAGAGACCAAGAGGAAAGCAGGGAGGUCAUCUACCAGCAAGCCGUGCUUCAGACCGAGGCCCUCCACCAUCAGGAAUCGGAGCCUCCACCUUCCCUCCACUCCUCCCAGUCUAACUCAUGUAAUUCCAGUCAGACAGACUUUAACACACAGUCUGGCGCUGAGCACGGCGGCUGUGUCAGCUUCAACCCUCAGCCUGUCCCCCUCAUCAAGCUCAGCAACUGCCUGGUGUCUGCCAGUUCCAUGUCCACGCUGGGGGUGGAUGAGGUGGACAUCCCACCUGCCCAGCCCCGACGCUGCCACAGCAUGAGCUACAGGACUAAACCUUACGCAGGCCAAACAGUUGCACGUCUGAAAGAAGGACUUCACGAACCCACGGUGGAUGGUCAGACAAAUGAGCCGGUGGUCCCGAGGAGAGAGGCGGGGUCACAGGUUUGUGUGAACAUCCCGGGACAGGUUGUGGAUGCUACAGAGGAGCAGACUCACCGCAGUUGGCCCCGGCUAGACCUGGGCAGUGGGAGGCGAUAUCUGAAACUGGAGAACAAAGAGGAUUCCGUGGACAAACUGCUGGACCAGUUAGAGCAGCAGUGUUCGCAGUGGGAUAAGAGUUUUGGUUCAGGGCCUUUCCAGUGAUGGCUGUUUUAGCUUCACAGUCCUGAGGCCACUUCUGGACAAUAUGCUACACUGACAACGAAGGAGUAAUGAUGUUUUCCCCUGGAGUCUAAAACUACGCUGUAUUUUUGGUUUCAUAUUCUGUAUGGAGCAGAGUGAAAUCAAGCCUGAGAUGAUUUGGAGAUACAGUUUUUUUCAGCAAGGAUCUUCCAAACCUCCCUUUCUCAGUCCGCAGUGGAAUAUUGGUAAAUGGUCUUUGCUUAGGUGGAUUUGGCAGAUGUUUAUGCGAUUGAAGGAGAGGAACAAUAUACAGAGCCAGCACUGUCACAGAUGAGAGAAGCAAUUUGACACACUGUUUACUUCUGCAGUUUGGGUUGGCAGUGAUGUCAGAAAUCAACUUACAAAUCUAUGUAAUCGCCAAAUGGGUUUGCCUUUUCCAGAACAAAGUGUGCACAACCCAUUGAAGGAGAGUGAUCUGGGCCCAGGAGGGUGGGGGAUUGUUUUCACUGUGCAAUCAAUUUUGAACCAAAAUAUCUGGACUCCUGAGCCCAUGAAGUGCUGAUAAAUGCAGUAUGUAAAAGUGGGCCUUUUUCCUCAACAGGGGUCCCAUACUCUAAAUGCAAUGCAUGGCAGUGAUGUACAGUAUGUUACAUCUUAAUACUUAUGCAGAGUAAUGUCUGUGUUGGUUUCAUGUGUAUAAGACGUAACAGUGGUUGAAGAAUAGUUUUGGUUUAGUACAGCUUUGAGUUAUACGCCAUGUCUGCACUGAAAACAUUUCAGACACAUUCACACUCUUUCUUAUGUUUGAUGUUGCAGGCAUCAUACUGACCCAUGUUUCACUCGUGUUAACACAACCCAGUGCAUAAGCUUCAAGUGGUUUUCUUCAAAAUUCCAGUAACUGUGUGUUGGGUACUGUAUUCACAUGGGCGAACUAUGCUCAACACUCAUUACAGUGUAGACACAUACAAAACUGAAGCGGCUGCUGCAUAUUCAGUGGUUUUAGUGUAGACAUGGUGUAGAUAAGUUUUAACUCUUUACUGCCAGUUCAACUAAGAUCUGGGAACAUGGUGACAUCCCUAAAAAGACAGUAGAUAAGGCAAGAAACAAGCAGUUACACAGAAAACUAACAUCCACAUGACCCAAACUCCUUACUGCUUAAAAUGAUACAAAGCACAUGAUGUUGACACAACUGGGGAAGCCUUUUAAUUACAUAGUAAUACGAUGGAAUUGUGAAGAAAUAAUCAAGUAAAGAGGAGUCUGAAUCUGAAUCAGAAUGCCUUUAUUGUCAUUGCAUGUACUGCACACAAUAAAAUUUCAAGUCUCAUUAAAAACAGGAACUCAGUCUCUCACACUCAGAAAAUCUCACAAGCGCCUGUAAAAAUGAAGCUAAAAUAAGCCAAAAAUAGACAGAUAUAAAGUAAUUAUGCUUCCUGUAAAAUUAAUAACAUGAAGUAGCAUCAUCUCAUGAAUUAAUCUUUAGCCCAGUAACAUAAUCAGUAUGAUUAGACAUCCCAUUGUAUCCACAUUUACACAAAA